AUGGUCAUCGCUGACUACUGGAAUCAUCGUAUCAUCCAAUGUAAGAUGGGUGAUAUGAAUGGACAAGUAGUAGCUGGUGGCACUGGUCAAGGAAAUCGAUUGAAUCAGUUGAGUUUUCCAAGCAAUGUGUUGAUCGACAAAGAGACUGAUAGUCUCCUUAUCUGUGAUCAAGGGAAUCAACGAGUCCUUCGAUGGUCUCGUCGUAGUGGCACAAUUCAAGGAGAAAUCCUCUUCGACAACAUGGACUGUUAUGGAUUGGCCAUGUAUGAUCAGAGAUAUCUUUACAUCUCUGACACCCACAAAGAUGAAGUACGACGGUAUCAAAUAGGAGACAAGAAAGGAAUUCUCGUGGCUGGUGGCAAUGGCAAAGGUGAUGGUCUCAAUCAACUGAACGAACCAACAUAUAUCUUUGUCGAUCAACAACAGACUGUCUACGUGUCAGACAAAAGAAAUCAUCGUGUGAUGAAAUGGAAUCAAGGUGCAAAAGACGGAAUUGUUGUUGCAGGAGGCCAAGACAAAGGAAAUGCUCUGACACAAUUGUCGUAUCCUAAUGGACUGUUCAUUGAUACGUUGGGUACCCUCUAUGUGGCAGACUCUGGGAAUCAUCGAGUGAUGUAUUGGCUUAAAGGAGCAAAACAGGGCACUGUCAUUGUGGGUGAAAAUGGUAAAGGAGAACGAACUAAUCACUUGAACGCUCCCGAUGGUCUGUCCUUCGAUCGACAUGGCAAUCUCUACAUUGCCGAUUAUUGGAACCAUCGUGUUCAACGUUUUUCUAUCAAAUAA